GUCUCAACCGUCUGCACGUGACGUCAGGGUAACCAUUGGGUCGGAGAUGGCUCUGACCAGAAGACCCAACCAACUACCGACUACUUUCUUCGAUUGAGCCGACAACAUGGUGAAUCUUUACGGUGUCCAGAUUGCUGAGAGUCAGCUCGUCCAUGUCUGUGACUUUCUUCCACCUUUGAUUGGGUCUUGUUGCUAACCUUCGGUAGAAAGCCUUGAGAUCAUUUUUUGGCAUCGGUCACAACGUCGCCGACCGAAUCUGCGCAAAGUUUUCGAUCCACAAAACUGCCCGAAUAUCCCAAUUGACACAGCCGAAGGUCACAGCGAUAACAUCAGAAAUGACCAAAAUGGUUAUAGACACGGAGCUAAAAAGGAAGAUAGCAGACAAUGUGAUACGACUGAAGGAUAUUGGGACGCAUAGAGGGAAACGGCACGCUCUGGUAUGGGUUAUCCGGCCUCUGGGGUUGGUGGGAGGGUUGGCUAACGAAUUGUUGGAAAAUAGGGACUUCCGGUCCGAGGACAGAAGACGAAGAAGCAAAUUGUCAACUCGCGAAGGUUUAACAGACUACAAACUAAUAUAUGAUAAAGCGGAGGUGGUGGCCAUAUUUAUGGUGGGGUGAUGUGAUAUGUGUGGAGGCCGCGGGGAUGUAAUACCGGUAUGAUAUAUGUAAACAUGGCGUCCACGUGUCCAUAGAGCCGGCGUACUUGGGUAGAUCCAGCUGAAAGAGAAUCUGUAGUUUUAAGCAUGAUUCUCAGAGCGGGAAGGUUGAAGAGGAGAAAGAGGAUGGGAGACGUGCCAAUCACACUGUGACUGAUAUGCCUGAACAGCUUUGUGCAUGAAUGUCUGUUGCUGAUAGGUGUGUGCGCCUAAGAACAGCCUCGCGAGUCCCGCAAAUCCGGCCCAGACUCGAUCAGAAAGUGGAAGCUAUUACCAGCAAAGAUAAGUCCGCUAUGGGGAGGCCUAUGGGGCACGAAUGUGCUGGUUGUGAGAUUGUGAUGAACCAGUGGUCUGGCUUUUUCUUGGGGC